CAUCCCAUCCCAUCCCAUCCCUGUGUCCCCAUGCAUUCCCUAUCUCCCUGUGUCCCCUCAUGCUCCCCAAGCCCCCAUGUCCCUCACAUCCCUUUACCCCUUGUCCUCCCAUCCCCACAGGUGCCCCCUGCCACCCCAUGUCUCCUGCUGAGCCCGGUGACUCUGCAGCCACUCUUGCCACAGCCCCAUGGGUGCUGGCACCACGGGCACGGGUGGGGCUGGGAGCGAUCGGGUCAGGGCCGUUCCGCUGCCUCCUGUGUCCUGCGCCACCGCAGUGGCCGUGCCACUGUCACCACGGCCCUGUGGGGACAGGGAGGGGACGCUCAUCAGCAAGGCACUGCAGGACUGGGGUGCCAGGGGUGCUGAGGGCGCCUUGGGUGCUGCACCUACCGUGGGGUGCUGUGGGCACCGUGGGACCUGUGGGUGCCGCACCCACCCCGGGUGCCAUGGGUGUGGAGGGUGCUGAGCCGCACGCAGUGCCAAGGCAGGCGGAGACACGCAGAGCCCUGCACCUGCCCCACGUCACUGUCGGGAACCGAGACACUGGGGGCAGCCAGGAAGGGACAAGGGCACCCAGCCCCAGCCCCAGCCCUGCCACCUCGCUCCCUGCCCUGGGGGCAGAGUCCAGUGCCCAAGGCGCCUCCGUGACGCGGGCACGGGGCCAGGCUGGGCAGGCGGCGCAGCGGUGCCGGUGGCACGGAAGCGGUGACAGCGGCAGGGGAGCAGCGAUGGACGCCCAGGUCUCCCUCCCGGCCCUCAUCCGCAGGAAGCGGGACGGCGAGCGGCUGCGGGACGAGGAGAUACAGAGCUUCGUGCGCGGCGUGACCGAGGGCUCUGCGGAGCAGGGCCAGAUCGGCGCCAUGCUGAUGGCCAUCUGGCUGCGGGGCAUGGACGCGCAGGAGACGCUGGCGCUGACGCGCGCCAUGGCGGCCUCGGGCCGGCUGCUGGCCUGGCCGCCGGGCUGGCGGGGGCGGCUGGUGGACAAGCACUCGACGGGCGGCGUCGGGGACAAGGUCAGCCUGGCCCUGGCCCCUGCCCUGGCUGCGUGCGGCUGCAAGGUGCCCAUGAUCAGCGGCCGCGGGCUGGGGCACACCGGGGGCACGCUGGACAAGCUGGAGGCCAUCCCCGGCUUCUGCGUCUCCCAGAGCCCUGAGCAGAUGCAGAGCAUCCUGGAGCAGGUGGGCUGCUGCAUCGUGGGGCAGAGCAAGGAGCUGGUGCCGGCUGACCGGGUGCUGUACAGCCUGCGGGACGUCACCGCCACCGUCGACAGCCUCCCCCUCAUCACAGCCUCCAUCCUGAGCAAGAAGGCGGCGGAGCAGAUCUCGGCGCUGGUGCUGGACGUCAAGUUCGGGAGUGCGGCGCUGUACCCCACGCUGGAGAGCGCGCGGGAGCUGGCCCAGAGCCUGGUGGCGGUGGGCGAGGAGCUGGGCAUCCGCACGGCGGCCGUGCUGAGCAGCAUGGACCAGCCCCUGGGGCGCUGCGUGGGCAACUCGCUGGAGGUGCUGGAGGCGCUGCAGUGCCUGGAGGGAGGCGGCCCCGCUGACCUGCGGGAGCUGGUGACGGUGCUGGGCGGGCUGCUGCUGUGGCAGUGCGGGAUGGCCCCGACGGCGGAGCAGGGCCAGGAGCGGCUGGCGCAGGCGCUGGACGACGGCUCGGCCCUGCGCACCUUCGAGGCCAUGCUGGGGGCGCAGGGAGUGCCCCCCGACACCGCCCGCCUGCUCUGCGCGGGGACCCCCCAGCAGCGCCGCCAGGUCCUGGGGCAGGCGGGCACCCGUGAGGAGCUGCUGGCGCCCCGCGAAGGCACGGUGCGGCGGAUCGAGGCGCUGCCGCUGGCCCACGUGCUGCACGAGCUGGGGGCCGGCCGGACGCGCGUCGGGGAAGCCAUCAACCCCCGCGUGGGCGCCGAGGUGCUGGUGGCCGUGGGGCAGCACCUGCGGGAAGGGGAGCCCUGGCUGCGGCUGCACCACGACGGGGCGCUGAGGGCAGAGCAGCGCCAGGCCCUGCAGGACGCGCUGCUGCUGGGCACCGGCACCGGCACCGCCGCGCCCCGCGUCGCCGAGACCGUGCUGCCCCGCAGCGCGCCCUGACCGCACGCGGGGACGGCGAUGACGAUGACGACGGGCAGAUGACUUGAGGAAAGCGGGCUCCACCAUCAGUAGGACUGUGAAGUAGGUGUGUUUAUUCAGCGCUGGGCAGCACGG